AUGAAAAAGGAAAUGUAUCGGCCGGAUGCUACUUCUUAUAUUCAACCGAUUGCACCAGUGCCCUUGAUCCGUCAGCCCACUUUCCAAAAGGCUCAGCUGAUGUGGCCAUUCGAUCCGGAAAGCAUUACCAUCCCAUUGUGGGCAAGGGAUAAAUAUCGCCUUACUCAAUAUUGCCCCGCUCGGAAUGAUGUUGAUAUUGGAGCUGGACAAAGAGUAGGAUUACUUACUAAAUGGGAUACUAUCAAAUUGAACACAAUGUACUGCCCAGAACGAGUGAACGCCGAUCCACAACGAGGACCAUGCGUUGUACCACGCGCCAAGGAUGCGGAAGAGUUCAAGCGCAGAGUUUGGGCAUACAAACGUCUGUUGAGUAGGAACAAAGCAAGAAAAAUCUAG